CGUCAUUCUUAUUCACUCGUCCAUUGCCAUGCCACAGGUGCGGAUCAUCAUUGCUCAACUGCUUGCAGUAGCGGUUCUGACCCAACCAUUGCUGGCGGCACCUAUAUUCUGGUUUCUUCCGUGGAGCUUCCCUUCCCUUUCCACCACCACCUCAUCCUCAACAACCGGGACGUCGUCCGCAUCCUCAUCGAACGGUGCUUCGAAUUCUUCCAACGUGUCGGUGGCAAUCGGAAACCGCGUCAAUACUUCGACCGGCCUAGAUGAUUACGGUACGAACAUAACGAACGUACAGAUAAACGUCAACCGUAUGCGGCGUGCUGUCACCGAUGAGGAUUUGGUCCGGCUUGGGCGUAGACUAACCCGUCAGACCGGCACUAAUGGUUCGGCGAGUGAAUCGAUAAUUUCGAUUGGUGAGCAUACGAUUCGGUUACCGGCCAACAUAUCCAAUCUCACCGUCAAUACCUAUCUGAUAAAUGGAAUCACUGAAGAUACUAUGAAGUGGUCAGAUAGUGGUAGUAUGGUCAUAAAUACUAACGAAGCAUCAACUCCAUUGCUUACGGCUUAUAGUAUUUUUAAGAAUUUUUUAUCCUCCUUCUUUGGGAAACAAACGUCACAAGGGUAG